CCGCUUACGAGAAAUGAAUGAGCAGAACCGUCUGAUGGACCAAAACUUGAAAUUCCUUUCUCAGGCUGAAGACAAGUAUUCUCAAAAAGAGGACAAAUAUGAAGAGGAGAUCAAGAUUUUGACUGACAAACUCAAGGAGAUAAGCUGAAAUGCACCAAAGAGGAACAUCUCUGCACGCAAAGGAUGUUGGACCAGACCCUCCUCGAUCUGAACGACAUGUAAAAAAAAAGACCCGAGGCAACGGCAGCCCCCUCCCACCCUCCUGAGCAGCCAUUCUCCAUGCGGGUUCAACUCUGUUCGUUGUUUUUUUUCUCCCAAGGGAAAAAAUGAUAACAACCAGAAAGUUGACCUCUAACCCUCCCGAGGGGGGGAAAAAAAGUCAUAAAUUACAUUCUUGAUAUUUGGGGGGACCAAUUUAGUUUUUUUAAAAAACACCUCUGCUGUGUUUUUCUUUUUUUUCCUUUUCUUCCUUGCCCACCGAGACAUUCCUUAAAUUUUCAGCCGGAAGGAAGGAAAAAGAGGCAGCCCCCAUUGGAAGAAUUUGAAGGGAGUGAGCGACUGGAAGGCGUGAAAUUUAAGGCGUUGAAAUUAUUACGUGGCCGAUGUGUGUUUCAGGUUAA